AUGUCGCAAUCCGCAGGAGAAGACAGCCCGCUCGAGGUUGCCAUUGUAGGGUGUGGCAUCGUCGGCCUCAUCACCGCUGCAGGUCUGGCAAGGCGUCGGAUCAAGGUCACGAUUUUCGAGCAGGGCCAGGGCUUGCGGGAGCUGGGAACAGGAAUCGCAUUCAAUCCCGCUGCUCAAGGAUGUCUAGAAAUGAUCGACCCGGAAGUGACCAUGGCCUUGAGGAUGGGUGGUGCUGUAGGUCUUUCCGCCGCCAACGAGGACGAUCCUCACGACUGCCUUCGAUGGAUUGAUGGCUACAAUCAAAGAGACAAGAGCGAUCCCUACUAUCAGAAGUACUACUUGAAAACGAAUGCGGGAUACCGAGGAAUCCAAGGCAUUCGCAGAGACCAUCUUCUUGAACAACUAAUCCGAGUCUUGCCAUCCGACACUGUGGUUUUCAAGAAGCGCUUAGAAGAUGUUGUCGAGGGCGGAGACGAUGAAAAGAUUGUGCUCAAGUUUGCAGAUGGCACGGUGGCCGAAGCCGACGCCGUCAUUGGAUGCGAUGGAAUCAAAUCCAAGACAAGGAAUAUAGUUCUCGGCCCCGACAGCACCGCCGGCAAGCCGACUUAUACUCAUGUCAACUCAUACCCUACCGUUAUCCCAAUGGAGAAGGCCGUCUCAGCACUGGGAGAACGCAAGGCAAGAGCAUUUCACAAUCACUUGGGUCCUGAUGCAAACAUCCUUCACUACCCCGUGGCACACGGCACCAUGUGCAAUGUCACCGUCUUUGUUCGAAACGACGAGGAAUGGCCGCAGGAUAAACCGACGGCGCUUGUCGGCCAGCGUGCUGAUAUCGAACAUCGCUUCAGGGACUGGAACCCAGCAAUUCGAGAUCUCAUCAGCCAUCUGCCAGAGACUCUUCCUACAUGGGCAGUCUUUGACUUGUGGGAUUACCCCCUCCCGUUCUAUAACAAAGGCCGGAUAUGUGUUGCUGGAGACGCAGCGCAUGCCAGCAGCCCGCAUCAUGGUGCCGGCGCCGGCAUGGGGGUAGAAGACGCACUUGUCCUUUCGGUUCUGAUGGCCGACGCCUCGAUGAAACUCGGAAAAGGAAAACUGUCAAAAAGUCAGGUCAUUUCCUCCGCGUUUGCCGUGUACAAUGACAUCAGGAGGACUCGCAGCCAGUGGCUGGUGCAGAGCAGUCGACGAAUCUGCGAUCUGCACCAGCAGAAAGAAUGGGCAGACCCGACAAAGUGGCUCAAGGCAGAGUCGACAUUGGAGGAGCUCAAAGACCGGACUUAUAAGAUAUGGAAUUAUGACUUCCGUCAAAUGGUUGCGGAGGCUGCUGAGAGCUAUGGCAUGCUCAUCAGUCGCCUUGAAAAGCAAGCGUCUGCUACAAACGGCGACGUCAAGGCAAGUUCUCUCGUCAAUGGCAAUGUUCUGGAACCAAUAGACAAGACGAAAACGCUGGCUAAUGGUAUCGGCGACUCGAAAACGCUGUCGAUCGAGACGCAUGCCGAGCUAUUAGCUGGACCUGGCCAAAGCUGCACCACAGAUGUGAUGGUCUCUUAG